AUGGCUUUUAACCGUUUCUUCUCUGCAACCUCUUUGCUAGUCUUGGCAUUAGUAGCAGUGCUGAUUACGCCUUCUUCUGCUGCUGGCAAUAAUCACUAUGAUGAGAUGAACCUACAACCAACCAAAUCCAUUUUGGGCAUUCAAGGCCUUGUUUAUUGCAAAUCAGGCCCUAAAGUCAUCCCUCUCGAAGGGUCGGUGGCCAGGAUAACAUGUGAGGCUGUGGACGAAUAUGGGAUGGAAAGUGCACCCAUGACCAUCUUGAGCGAUGCAACUGAUGCCAAGGGUUAUUUCUUUGCAACACUUUCUCCUUAUGAGAUUGAAAAUCACAAGAAGCUCACUCAGUGCAGAGCCUUUCUCGAACUCUCUCCAUUGGAGUCUUGUAACGUUCCCACAGACUUGAACAAUGGAAUAAGUGGUGCUGUGCUUGCUUCAUAUCGUCUCCUCCACGACAAGAACAUAAGACUUUAUACUGUAGGGCCUUUCACGUUCACAUCAUCCUAAUAAUAUCAAUGGAAUAAGUGGAGCUGGGUUCCCAGCCCGCGA